GCCAACACAAUGAAUAUUACAAAUAUAAAUUUCAAUGGGGCGGUGCAAACCCGGCACCGCUCCUGCACCGCCGGCCGAGACCUCCGUCGCCGCCGCGAAAGGCACCCCCCAAACGCCGAUGUUAUAGAUGUAACAAAAUCGGCCACACUGUCCGGCAAUGCCUCGCCCCUCCAAACACCUAGGAGAACACCAGCCAUACAACGUGGUGGGGGGUCGAGUUCCGUUAGGAUAAGGCCGCCGCGGAGUCUUGUCUGCAAGGUCGAGGACACGCACUCAGACUCCCGGUCCCCAACCUAUCGGAACAUCGACCCCGAUUGCAUCAACCACGUUGUAUGAAUCGAUGGCUGGUGGUACAUGCGGAUCGGCUUUGCGGCAAUUGGCUGCAUUAAUUAUAUCAACACCGC